CCCAGUGACUUCUAGCCACAAUCGCCCAAUUCAGACUGCGGUUAAAAUGUAACUAGCUAUAACGCGAGGUGAUCUUCCAAUAAAGGUUGCUUUCCUCCGAGUGGUAGAAUUGACGGAUGAUUCCAGCAAACAAACAAUUUUUGUGCUGCAGCUCACCCUGGCGGUCAUCAAGCCCGAUGCAGUCGCGCACCCGGUCAUGUUGGAGGCCCUUCACCAAAAAAUCCUGGAUGACAACUUUUCUGUUGUACGGUGCAGAGAGCUUGUGUUCAGGAGGCAGGACUCUGAGAGAUUUUACUCGGAGCAUGCAGGAAGAUUCUUCUAUCAAAGACUUGUUGAAUUCAUGUCAAGUGGCCCCAUGAGAGCCUAUAUUCUAGCACGAGAAGAUGCAGUUCAACGUUGGAGGCAGCUGAUGGGCCCCACCAAAGUGUUCCGAGCGAGAUACACGAGUCCGGAGUGUCUACGGGCCCAGUUUGGACUCACCGACACCAGGAACACAAUUCACGGCUCAGAUUCAUUGGAAUCUGCACGCAGAGAGAUGGCCUUCUUCUUCCCAGACUUCAGCGCGGAGGAGUGGAUGGAGAAGGAGGAGUUGUUGUUCAGAUCUGGACUGAUAAAGUACGAGCAAGACAAACUCAUCCACAUUAUCUCGGAGCCAAAGUCGUGACCAGCGGCUUCUCAUCAGUGAUGCUCACUGGAAAAGACACUGUUGCUCUGUGUGUUUCUGUUUUUUUUUUCAUGUACUACUAAUCCUCAAAAAUUCAGUCGAUAAUAUUCAUCACAGACUGAAGAUUUAGUUAUUAUUAUUAUUCCUAUUUCUAUACAGGUUGCUUUCUAACUGUUUUAAACAGUCUAUUUUGGAGUAUCUUUGUCAGUUGGCCUAAAUCUUAACGGAAAGGUCAGAGGUUUUAACAGAUGACCCCACCUGUAAUUCCUUCUGACUGUGUUAUUGGUUUUUGCUACAGUUGCAAUAACUGUUUAAUAAAUGCAAUAGUUCCUCAAUGUUCCCCCACUCUCCGACACUUUCAUGUCGCCAAACAAUGAGUUUGAACGCCCAAGAAUGGAGACAGAUAAUGCGUCUUUAUUUUCAUCAGAAUUAGAGCACGAUGUAGCAACAAAACACUCAGUCUAAAUCACUUCCUGAUGCUACGGUCCUUGAUGUUUGGAAACACUGUGAUGUCAGACACUGCAGUGAUCUGUUGCUGCUUGUUUACCACGGGUCAAUAAAAAUAUAAAU